GCCGCAGCGGUCGCGGGAGUCGGUUCCCGCACUUCGUGGCGCUAAUUCGAUUUGAACGCGUCGCUCGCGCGCGUAGGCGGUGCGUCGGUCGCGUUGUCGAGUGCCCCGUGCGUUGCCCCGGGUGAGCUUUCGUUGCUCCGGCGUUGCGUUUCGCGCGCGAUCGCGACAGCAAGGUCGCGGACGUAACUCGACGGCGACAGAGAGAGAGAGAGAGAGAGAGAGAGGAGGCACACCGACCGGCGGUGUGUCCUUUUGCGUUUGGCCCGUUGGCAGUUUCGGCGUGUUUCCAAACGGAAGUGAGAUCGAUCGAGAGUACAGUGUGUAUGUGACCGAGGACGUACGUAAUUCCUCCGUUUACGCAGAGAAAUCAUCGGACUUGUAUGCAUGUGUACUGACCUUGUGUGUAGGUGGUGAUCCAUGCGCGCGCGCGUAUCGGAAUUUCACGGGAACAUUCCUUCCGUCGUUGGCGACGAGGCGCCAUGGCGACAAUCAACAAGUGCGACGAGUAACAGUUUGCGGCCACGUGACGCGUCGCCGAGGUACACAGCGACGCGUUCCACAGCGGGUCCGGUUGCCUUCGCCUCUCAAGUUUACGUGUAUCACAAAAGUGCCCCAGCGCGGAAUCGAGGAACGCCGAGACGACGAGGUUUUUCGCGCACGUACGCCGCAGCGGCAGCGUGAAAACUUGCCGACGUCACCGAACUGAAGUUGGACGAAUUUCGGUUGGCCGGGCGAGCUCAACAGCUCGGAGCGCUGCAACUUCACGCUCAUCGGACCGCUGCUGCGACCGUUAUCGACACGACUCGGUGCGUGCGACACGUUUCGCGGAGGAGAAAAAGAAAUGUCGAGUUGACGAGGAGGUGAGACGUGACGUAUCGCGUUAGCCCGGCGUGCACGAAAUCGCGUCCCGUCUCCCGUCGUCGGUCGUUCGCGAGAAUUUCGCGGAAGUGAAGCCGUUCCCGGAAAAAGUGAAGCACGCCGGAAACGCGAUUCUCGGGAGGCGGCGUAAUCGUGCCGCGCAGUGAUAUAUCGUGAGAGAGAGAGAAAGAGAGAGACGCCGGACGCGGUGGCCGGUGGUUUCUCCGUGUUCCCCGACGUUUGUACAAGCAAAGUUCAACCUCGAACACGUGGCUGUCGCCGGUGCAACUCCUGAUCGUCCACCGGGGAGUAUCUCUCGGAUGCACGAGAAAAUGUGUGUAAGAUCGUCGAGGUGACCCUGAGAGCAUGGAAACUAUGCAGGAAGGUGGUGGUCGUCUGCAAAAUGGUUCGAAGACCGUCGCGAAGAUGCCGAAUCGGUUGACGCUUGUGCAAAGUGACGAAAAUGACAAGGUGACAAAUGAAGCAAGAGCGGAGAUGGAUCCGUACAGGGAACUGGAGCUCUAUCUCGCCAAGGUUGAGGAGGAAAUCGGCGAGAUAAUCGAGUCGGCUCCAACGACACCACUCCGCGCCGUAGAAGAGACAAAGCGUUUGACUCAGUUUGAAAAAUUGUCGAGCUGCGCGAAUGAUUCGUUCUCUCUGAAAAAUCUGUCUACCACGAAGUCGCAUGGCUUCGUAAGAAGACAAAACUCAUUGACGAGAGGCAGCGAGGAUAUCGAGUGGUCGAACAACGUCCUCGCGGAGUUCAACAGCAUAAUCGCCAACGAGAUCAACGAGCUCACCAAAGAGAAAACUAGGAGAGAACCCGUGCGCAACGACGACGUCAGGGUGAUACAAUACAAAGAGCUGCUGAACGAAUUCGGGAUAUCUGACAGCGAGUGUUCCGAUCGAGAACUCAAUGGUGAGCACGUCUCUCUUCGAGACGGGAAAAGUCUUCGAGAGCGUAGGAACGGAAAAGUGUUCGUCGACGACGAUCGUCGCUGCUUACUGAACUCCGAUUACGACGAGCCUCACGACCGAGUGAUCCCCGAGGGAAGGAAGAGCGGCAGCCUGCCGGAGAACCUGCAGGACAUCAUCGGCAAACGUGGUCGAUUUCAUAUCGCGGAGGCUCUGAGCUCUGACUACGACGAGCCCAGCAACUGUCUGCCGAUAAGCUCGAUCAAGAACCAGAUCGAUCGGAUCACCUCUAGUCUACCGUCGAAGUUGGAGCGCGAGUGUAUCUCGAAAGAGGACGCACGAACGGACCCUUGCCAUGCACCAAAGACACCCGUAGGAUUAAGUUCCAAGACCAAUGAAGGCGUCAACGUGGACGCGCUCCAAGCUGGAUCGUUCAGAAGCGCCGAGGAAGAUCUGACCGAAGAGGCGAACGCGAAAUUACCGCCGCGACAACGAUCCGGCAGAAAGACGAGCCUUCCCAUUAAUCUAACGAAUCAAAAACGUAGAAAGGCAAUGCGACUACAAAGAUUCCGACGGGGCAUGGACGAGCAAGAGGCCAUGGAUCCCGAUUACGAUGACGUGUUUCCGAACGAGAAAACGGGCAGAUCUAGAUCACUGGACAAUCGCGUACCGAGAUCGGCGCCUGUGACUCCCACGGAGGAAAAGAAACCGCCGUUCCCGAAAUUGUUGAGAAAACGGCACACCCCGGUCUUCCACGAGAGUACCGACGACGUUAUUCUGGUGAGCGUGUCCUCGCUGCCGGAUCAAGAUAUACUACGCCUGAGAAGCGACAGGCUUCACGAGACGAAGAACGGCAAGGCGAACUCGAAAGAAACGUUGACACGAAAAAAGCGGGCAAUAUCACCGCUAACCUUACGUUCCGAUAUCAUCGCGAAGAGACUGUCGGAAUCGGACAGAGAUAUCAGACAGAUCAGCCCGGUGGAUUUGAAGAAGUUCUCGUUGACGCCAACGUGGGGUAACGAUAUUGCGGUGAAUUGCGACUUGUCCGAGAACGAUGACGUCAAUGGAAAUUGCGGGACCGAGAACGGAACCCUUGGCAAGCUGGAUCACCACGUUGACGUAAAGAGGAUCAUGGAGGAGCAAAGCGCGAAAACGGGAUCUCUGCCUAUUUCCCUGCAGUCUCUGUUGUCGAGAAUACGAAAUGGCUCGGGUUCCUGUUGCCCAAACAGUCCGCCGAUGGAUACUCUCACAUGCUCCGACAUAGCGACCCAAACUUCGCCGGCGAUUUCAAGGAGUUCUAGCUUCACCUGGGUCAGCGAUUGCGACUCUCCUCAAGCCGAGUCCCAAUUAGAUUCGCAGUCACUGCAAGAUGAAAGCACUUUAGAUCCAGUUUCUCCGCAAGAUACCGUGGACGACGACAAUAGAUCCUCAUCGUCGUCUCAGGACCUCCUGCAGAGUAUGGACGAGAUUUCUUCCGGAAGUUUGUCACCGGAUACCACUGACAGGGCAUCUCCUCUUGAAAGCGGGAUUGGAACAGCAAGUCCACCUAGGAGCACGGACCGCCGAUUGACUAAGCCGUCAACACCAAAUAAGUGUAAUCGCAAAGAGACAUGGGAACGAAUCCGACGACGGCCGUCGAAACUGAACUCGCGAAACGACAAGAACUCGCAGGACGUAUGGGUCAAACGCGAGAGCGUGCAUACGCAAACGAAACGAAUUGACGAUCAGUACUCGCAGGACGCGGUGGACAGCAGUAGCGGCCUCGAUGACUCGUUGCCGAGGAUCAGGACGCCUAGGCCGACGAAUUUACCGCUAUGCUUGUCCACCACUGCGAGCAGUUCCUUGAGCUCGGGCGAGCUGCUCGAAACACCGCCCCGAGCGCCGUCCUCUCCGUCCGCGGCGAGUCUCCAGCUGAAGCCGGAACCUCUGGCUGUAGAAAUGGGCGGGAAGAGCAGCAGCGCGCCGUUGUUGGAGAACAAUGACGUCAAGAGUACCAACGGGAAAGUGCCGAGCUUGCAGCAGCAGCCACGCUCGCAGUCGGAACGACAACUAUCAGAAAUCGAGGCGCAAGAAGCUUGCAAAUGGUUGAGAGCUGCCGGAUUCCCGCAAUACGCGCAAAUGUAUGAAGACUAUCAGUUUCCGAUUGACGUUUCCGGCGUAGCCAAGGACCACCCUUUCCUCGAGGCCGACUCGCUGCAGAGCCUUUUCCGGCGUCUGCACGCCCUUAAUCGUUGCGCCAAUAUGAAACUCGACACUCAUCACACGCACCACAGCACGAGUCACAGCAAAAGCAGUGGUGGUGGUGGUGACGAAUCCGAUGAGGACACGCAGUGCGCCUUGAGCGAGAAAUGGACCUUCGAGAAAAAAACCAGACGCUGGUCUCGCAUAGGUGAUGUCACAGCAGCGAACGUUGAGAGGCUGCAAGCGAUCGCCGGACAGAACGCCGCGUCCGAGGACGAUUCUCUCGAGGAUCGUCUGGAGGCCGAGGAGGCGGACGAUACUAUGCUGGAGAAUGUGCGGUACGGCAGCCUGCCACCGGGGACCCUGCCCGAUGAGAACAGCACGCGAUUCCGCAGGUCGGGCUCGGAAAGGCUGCGGGACGGCGCGAAGGCCUUUCUGAGGCGCGUGGAGUCCCUGAAGUCGCGGCGACGAAAGCGCCAGAAUCGCGACGGGGUGGUGAUCAGCGGGCCCCAGGUGCUCGACGUGAUGUCUAUGCAGCAGAAAAUGAAGGAACUGAACUGCGUGGACGUGUCGCCCACGGGACCGGCGCCGGUCCCCUUUAACGAACUCUUAUCGGCUUCGCCGCUGCAAAUCCCCGGCUCGCCGGUUACCUUGCCAGCCUCGCCCUAUCAUUUACCGCCGUCGCCGCAGACAAACGCGCCUAGCCCUUUCGGCGACGACUCCUCGAGUUACUGCUCGGAUGGUUCGCAGGGCGGUGGACCGACCCCGACGCCGAUCCGCCCGAAGAUGAAUCGCGCCCGUCGAUUUUUACAUCGCAGCAGGGAGGAUCAGGGCGCGCUGAGCGACUCCGAAUGCCAGCCGACGAACUGGCGACAUCGAUACUUCCGCGACGCUAAUAGCAAUCACGCGAAGGUGUUAGAAUUUGUGAACGUACGUUCCCAAAGUUCCAAGGAACGUUCCCAAAAUUCCACGCCGUCGAAGAACGCAUCGAUUAACACUCGUGGCGGUAGCCUAAAUCUCGGCAAAGAAUCCCAGAGGUAUCGUGACAAGCUUGCGCAAGACAAAGAUGAAAAGGCGGCAACAUCGAAGCGAGAGGAUAAGAUGCGCAAGAGCUUCCGGCGCCGCGACGACUCACAUAAGGACAAAUCGAAGUCCAAGGAAGUCUAUCGUGAAAAAUCGAGGUCUAGGAGCUCUGAUUUAGCUGGUAGUCAGGAAAGCGCUUCUGUGGCGAGUAGGGAUUCCGAACCAGAAGAAGAAUCGCCAAAACACAAGGGCACCGUCGUCAGAUGGCACAGUUUCCAAAGAGGGUCGCUCUAUCCUGAACCCUUGGACCCUUUGUGUCCUAGAGCGAUGGCUUCCAUGUCGUGCGGACAACUUUUGGUGCUGAGGAAGCUAGCAUUGCUGAAACUUACGGCGUGCAUGGAACGAUAUUGUCCGACUCAUCGCACUGGUUGGAACUGGGAACUUCCGAAGUUUAUAAGAAAAAUCAAGUCGCCCGAUUACAAGGACAAGACAGUUUUUGGAGUACCGCUUCUGCUAUCUCUGCAGAGAACUGGUCAAGCUUUACCUAAGUGCAUUCAGAUCGCCCUGAGAUGGCUGAGAGCUAAUGCUCUGGAUCAAGUGGGCAUCUUUAGAAAGAGCGGCGUCAAGUCGAGGAUACAGAAGCUGAAAAUCAUGACGGAAACCCAGGGGGACAAUAUUAAUUUUGAUGGGCAGCAGGCAUUUGACGUCGCCGAUCUUGUCAAACAAUAUUUCAGAGAGCUGCCGGAGGCUCUGUUAACGAACAAGCUCUCAGAGACAUUUAUCGCCAUUUUCCAACAUGUCCCGGUGGAGUUACGACCUGAUGCCGUGCAGUGCGUUCUAUUGCUGCUUCCGGACGAGCAUCGUGAGGCAUUGGAGACCCUGCUUGAUUUCCUCAACCAUGUUGCCAGCAAUUCGCCCUACAAUCAAAUGACAGCUUCGAAUCUGGCUGUAUGCCUGGCUCCGAGCCUGUUCCAUUUCAACCACAGCAACACGAACGUGACUAACAGGUCGAACAGCGUGUCGCCACGUAGGCGAAAGACCGUGGGCAUUCCCGAUCAGCGGGAACUGUCGGAAAACAAAGCAGCUCACGACUGUCUUCUGUAUCUGGUCAAGAUGCAUCGUGAAUUAUUCAUGGUCUCAUCGGACAUGCUGUCGCAGUGUCACUUUAAUUACAUGGAAGAAAGCAUUCCGGUCGCGCUAGAGGAACUCGGCUCGGAAAUGAAGCAGGAUUGGAGGGGUUACUUGUACGCCUGCACCACAGCGUUGCUGAAGGAAGCGCGAGAAAACAGAAGUCGCGGUUGGGUCACGGUAAGCAAUCCUGCCGAUAACAGCGUAGAAAUGGCGUACAAAAAGGUCGGCGAUGGACACCCGCUUCGUCUCUGGCGAGUGUCGACUGAAGUCGAAGCUCCGCCAAACGAACUAUUGCAUCGUGUGCUAAGAGAAAGACACAUCUGGGACCCGCAACUAUUAAAGUACAGACUGGUGACCAAGUUGGACACCAAUGUGGAGGUCUUUCAAUACGCCACCGGGAACAUGAGUCCUCUGCCCGCUCGAGAUUAUUGUGUAGUAAGAUCUUGGCGGAAUGAUCUUCCCAAAGGUGCUUGUGUCAUUGUCGAAACAUCCGUGCAACAUCCAGAUGCUCCUGUCAUGCUCGGGGGAACUCGCGGCAUCGUUUUGGCCUCACGUUAUCUUAUCGAACCAUGUGGCAGCGGCAAAUCCCGCAUUAUGCAUUUAUCCAGAGUCGAUACGAAAGGUCGCACACCUGAAUGGUACAAUAAAAGCUACGGACAUAUCGCUGCUCUCCAUCUGAGCAAAAUUCGUAAUUCCUUCAAACAUACCACUGAUGGGCCCGAAAGUAAGGUUUGAGAACAGAGUACCGUGCAACAGCCAUUGUUGCACGGUUCUGCCUUUCCUUCCUCCUCUUCGUCCUCUUCUCCCUCUUCCUCCUCUUCUUCCUCCACUUCCACACUACAAGUACCCGACGAGCAGCAGUAUGACCACAGGAUCCUAAAGGACGUACUACAAGUCCAGCCUACCAUCGACGAGGAAUAAUCUCAGUCGAUUAGUGCAAUCAGCAACCAAAACCCACCGAUGUUGUAAUUAGCUUUAUUCAGCAACUGUUUUUAAAUCCAAGAUAAGCAACCUAUUUUAUUGUAUAGUAGUAUAGUAGUAGAAUUCUCCGUAUGACGUUUGUAUACUAUCCAAAAAUCUUGCCGUCCGUUUGUCAUAAGAGUUCUGAGGAUGCGUGAUACAAAGAAUAAAAAUGAACAAUCUUGCUCAGCAAUUUUAAUAAUGAAGAUGGCUUACAAUUAGACGCGUCUGUUGAUAAAUUAACCAUUUUGGGAUACGACUCGUUAUUUUUGCAGUUUUAAUGUUAUUUUGAGAAUUUAUAGAUUCUAUUGAAUCUCAAUUGCAUUUGAGCACGAUUCUUGAAACCACAUCUUGCAGUUUAUUUUAAAUAUGAUGGCAUUUUAAUGCUAAAGAUACAAAAAUGGUCCAUAAAACUUCCAGUUGUGAGAUAGAAGAUAAACGUCAUUCGGUGUUUUCGAUGACUAUGUGUAUGAGAAUAGCGACUCUCCAUGGAUUUAUUCUGUAUUGUAGCAAGUUCAUAUCUUCGAUAAAAAUAAGAGUAAUGAAAGAAUGUAGGAGCACGACCAAAAUAAGAAAUGACAUUAACAAUAUUUUCUCAUAAGAAAUGACACUAACGAUAUUUUUCCAUAUCUUAAUCACCGAUAAAACUUUCUGUAUAAAGUCAUUUUGGCUUUUACAAAUAAAAUAUAGAUUACAAAAAAUACACAUAUGCACUUAACUAAAAUUUUCAAAAAAUUUAUUUUCUAAAAGCUAAAAUAUAUAAAACUUUAUAUCAAAUAUUUUUCUAUAACAGAGAUAAGAUCUCAAAAUGAACAAAUAAAUCUGUGGGACCGAGUUUUGUCAAGAUAAAAUGCCGCUACAGAAUAUUCUACAGAAACUUAAACUUAUAGAAUGCACCAAUCGUUUACACCAACAAUUGUCGGCGUAAACGAAAUUGUAUCUAAGUUAACGGCAUUUGUACGUAACCAUUUGUAAUGACGAUGUUGAUCGAUUAAUGUUUCCAUCGGCCACCUAAAAAUGGGACGAAGCCUAGAUAGGGUAUUGUCUGAAAAUAUAAAUUUCACAUGCAUUUCGUAUAUUUUUUUCGGACCAAAUGCCAAUUUUUCUAUUCACAUAGCUUAUCACGUUAAAAUAGUCGAGGAAUUUUCUUCCUCUCCCAUAAGUGUUGUCACACGUAGACGAGCGAAUAUGUAAAUGUCGCGUACGCAUGUACACGUGUGUCUAUUUAUAAAUGUGCUCUUAUAAGCACGUGUUUGUUACAUGUAAAAGAGAGAACUACGCUAUUUCAGUGUCGGAGUUACAUGAUGCACUGCUGCGCCGUUUAAGCUGUUGUGUGAGAAAAUACAUAAUGAGAAUACAGUCAACGUAAAAAUAACUUGUUAUAACUCCAGCUUUUUGAAAAAAUUGUGGCGAUUAUUUUUGUUUUCUUACAGAAUUAAAUGUGAUUUUAUUUUUUUUUUUUUACUUAUGAUUGAAAUAAAAUAGUAGAAAUUUUCUUAUUUUUUAUGAAACUAAAAAAUUCCGCGUGUAGCGUUAUGUAAAUAAAGCAAUGCAGCUCUAGUAGUUAUUAUAGGUUUACCGUCGAAAUCACAAUCGCGACUGUUUAAGCAAUGUGAUUUUGAGUAAAUUUCCAAAUCUCGUUGUUUCGUGCGAGUGACGGACGACUCCAUUCAACGUAAGCAAUUGUCAUUGUUACUCGUGUCUAUGUUAAGAGUUAAAAUGAAAAAAAAGUCCGUUUUCGUCGUGUCUGUCGCGAGUUGACGUUCGCGAAUUUGGGACACGUGAUUAGGAUGUUUAAUCGUUCGACAUGUCCAUAUAACACAACAAUUAUUAUAGGGACCAUCUCAUGGACGUAACAAAUAAUUGAAACGUGCAAAGGAAAAGAAAUGUAAGGAGAAAACAAUAGACUGAAAUUGUCAACAUACGCAUUAUUUAAUCAUUUAAUGCCAACGUGAGAUGUGUACUGAGCAAAACUUUAUUUGAUAUGUCGAAAUGAGACGAAUUGAAAGUAAUCAUUUGUUACGUCCAUGGAUCAUCUUUGUUUGGACCCCAAACAGAAAAAUGACCUGCAUAAAAUGCACCUCAUCGAAAUGAAACUCUAAGUGUAUUUUAACUUAAUACUAGUCACUUAUAUUAUAGAGAAUUAUACAUUAUGACAAAUAGAUUUUUAUUGUACAACGUUGCGCCGAGAAUAUUUAAAAUAUUAUUAAUUGCUACUAUAUAUAGAUUAUAUAUCGACGUUAAGCAAUCAUACAAAUAUAUCAUAUUUUUGUGUCAAAAAACGCCAGUAGAAACGCGAUGACCGAAAUGGAGAAAUACGUUGUCAGCGUUUCUUCAUAUUUGUAACGAUAUAUGAACGUCUUUAUUCUUGUAAUCCGUGUUCCAUUAGAAUGUAAAUAUGUAUAUUAAAUAAUAAUGAGCAACACA